CGAGCGGGCUACGACACUGUUGUUUUCCUCUCAACGGUUAGGCCGAAUCUAGCGAUUUUAACGUGUUUUAGCAGUAUAAAACGAGCGAAAGGACACAGGAUACGAUAGUUAAAUUAGGUCGUCAGAGUAAACUGGAUACAUUUCUUCACUGCGUGGGUUUUUAGACCCUGAAAGGACCGUUUUGACCUCCGUCCCUCCUCUCCUGACAGCUGUGUUUGCGGCGUGGAGUGCCGCCGUUUUACGCUUAAAGUUCAGCGAGCCAGCUGAGAUGAGCGGUCCCGAGGUCGCCAACACACCGGGAGGCGGAGCGCCAGGAAAGGAAGGAAAAGAGCCGGUGGCCAAUGGGCAUGCAAGUGACAGUCCUGACGCCAACCCAUUUGCUGAGUACAUGUGGAUGGAGAAUGAAGAGGAGUAUAACAGACAGGUGGAAGAGGAGCUGCUGGAGCAGGAGUUCUUGGAGCGUUGCUUCCAGGAAAUGCUGGAAGAGGAAGACCAGGACUGGUUCAUCCCUUCGCGUGACCUCAACAACCAGGGAGUCGGCCAGCUGCAGCAGCAACUCAACGGGCUGUCGGUCAGCGACCACCACAGCAACGUGGAGGAGGUUGCGAGGAAGAGCAUCUUGAAUCCAGAGGCGAAGGAAUUCGUGCCAGGAAUGAAAUACUAGAAGUCCCCCUCACCCCCAUGGAGCCUCCAUGCACUCAUGAGCCCUUACACAUCCAGAGACUCUUACGGCCCUGGCCGCACACAUUCUUAUUGUUCCACACGCACACAUACACACACACACACACACAUUUAAAGUCAGUGGUGUGCCGGCAGGCCCAGUUGGGGGGUGGGGGGAUUUCUUUUCCUUUUCUUUCUUUUUCCUAUUUGAUCUUUUUGUUUUCAGCUUGUUUUGUUUUGUUUCUUGUAAACUGAGGGGCACUGGCCUCAGAUCAGGGGUGUGGUACCAGCACCUCCCUCCUGCUAAAGCUAGCUCAUCGCUCAUUUCACAUGUUAUAGAUUGCCGUUUACAGAGCAGGCAGGGCACACUGUAGUUUCCUGGAAACUGGCAGCUACCUGAAGCGACACCAGGUCAAAACUUUAAUUCAAAAAAGCUUUACGGAAAUGUCAAAUAUGUUCCAAUCAACAUUAACUGCUUUUCUUUUUUUUUUUUUUUUUUUAUGGGCAAAACCAUUUUCAGUAGGAAGAGGGUUUAAGCAGCAAACAAGCUAGAAAAACGACAAGAAUUUCAGGAAACUCCGGUAAAGUUCUGCACCUGCUUUGUAAAGCAGUCAUUUAAAGUGAAGAAAGCUGAGCACCGGCUCUGUUUCAAAACAAAUAAAGACCCCCUUCUCUCUCCCCGCCCACCUGGCAGUUCAUUUAGUUAUCAGAGCAGACAUGGACAGCUGUAAUCGUGGAUGACAGAUUAUUUUUUAGAUUUUUAUAUGGAUAUCCAGGUUUAUCUUUUUGUCCAAUGUAGAAGAGCCGAGGUGGUUAACGUCUAAAUCACGCAUCAAGUUAAGUUUAUUGAAA